UAUUCACUUUAUCUCACUUCACAUGUAUAUAUAUGAAUGAGGUAGGUUGAGAAAUUAAGAGCAGAAGGUUCUAAUUAAGGAUGUCGGGGAGAAGGUCGAGGCAGUCAAGUGGGAGCUGUUCCAGUUCCAGAAUAACAGAUGAUCAGAUCAUUGAACUCGUCUCCAAAUUGCAUCAACUCCUUCCUGAGAUUCGCAACACUACUAGGCGCUCCAACAAGGCAUCAGCAGAUAAAGUGCUACAGGAAACUUGCAACUACAUCAGAAACUUGCACAAAGAGAUGGAUGAUCUGAGUGCGAGGCUAUCCCAACUUCUCUCUACCGUAGAUACUGACAGCCCCGAGGCUGCAAUAAUCAGGACUUUAAUCUAGUUACUAAUUAUGUUUAAGGAAUUUGGGUUUUAUAAUUAGGUGGAUGUUUUCCGAGGCUGUCUGCAGAUAUAAUUAUAAUAACUCAUCGGCUGUGAUGUGUGCAAUGGUUGUAAUUAAUUAAUGUUGAAUCAUAUAUAAUAAUA